CUCGGAUUGAAGGAUGGGCCCAAGACCCUCACAGGUGAAGCCUCGGAUGGGCCGUGGACCCUUGUGGGUGAAGCUCGGCGGUUUCCCAGUCCAUGUGGGUUGGCCCCUGCGGAGCCUGGAGCCUUCUUGCCUGCGGGCUUGCUGAUCCCGCCGAGCCAGCUAGCUCCCUUCCUGCUUCUGACGGCGAGGGAACCAGCUGGGAGGUCCUCCGAGCUGGGCGGGGAGGCGGGCGGCCUCUCGCACACCUCACCAGCUCCCUCCCUGCCGCCGCCGCCUCUGGCUGCUCUAGCGCCAGGCCGAGAAGCUGGGACGGCUGCUGGGAACCCAGGGCCGUCCUCCCGCUUCCUGUGAUCUAUCAGUCCCCCUCUCCGCGGAGGCUCGGCCUGGCGCACCUCAGGCCCGCAGCAGCACCAAGGCUUGGCUGCAGCUGCAACCUCCACAGACGGCAGCUGCAACCUCCACAGACGGCCGCCAGGUGGCGCCGUGCCGGGGCCCGAGAGCAGGCAGGCCAGGGGCGGGGUGGGAGGGACUCAGCUACGCGCCUGGGGAGGCCGCGGGCCCUCGCGACUGCGGAACUUCCAUCCUGUCGCCGGAUUUUCACAUCUGCCGGCCCAGAGGAAACAAUGACGUUGGGAUUUUGGGAGACUGCCCCUUGACUCGGGCGAAUCAGACACGAACGGCCGACCCCUUGCUCUCUUCCAUCCGCCUGCCGCCGCUCCUACCCACCGAUUCCUAGAGCUCAUUUGUCGCUCCUGCAGCCUCCAGGGAAUGCAAAUAAUUUCUCACUGGGUUUUGGUGAGGGCGGAGCUGCGGAGAAGCGCGCGCCCAACAGCUUUCGGCGCAGCUGGGUUCCCGGGCGCCGGCGGCUGCGGCCCUCAGAUGGGGGCGGAGGGUGCAAUAUGCACAGGCGGCCACAGUGUGGCGCAAGCGCCCUGCGGUGAGACACGCUCGGAGCGCGACGCUCCAACCCAUCAUUUACGGGUUCAAACCAAAUAAUCUAGAAUCAAGUUGC